AUGUACGUCACGUAUGCACUGACAGGGGCAGUAUCAUGGGACAGUGUCCCCACCACUGCCACGGCCUCCUCGUCCACGCCGGAGAAGGACACGAAGCGCGUCAAGCGCAUCCGUCUGAAGCAAAGCACGUCGGCGUUUCCUACGCUGCCCACGCUGUACGAAGGUCCACUGCUCUGCGAGAACAUGCUAGCGCGCAUCUAUUUGUACUCAUAUCUCGUGCACCUUGAUCACGCCGAUGCGCUGGCAUGGCCCACGCACCAUGUGGACGCCCUGCAUUGCUGGGAUGAUACCCUCGCCUUCUCCAUCUUGCAGCGCCUGCUUGUGCCGCUAGCGCAUCUCACGUCCAUUGAGCAGGGCCAGCCUACGAGUCGUACGCAGGAAGCCGUACACGCCGUACGUCAGUUUCAUGCCGCGUCGCACACGCCCUGGGCCGCCGCGCGUCAUCUUGCCGAGCACUACCCUGUCCCCUUUCACGCGUUGCCUCACGUCGCAAGUACGCUUCCCAGCCUCGCGUCCAAACCUAAAGCACGUGCUGUCGUGGAAGACGUGGCUCCACGGCGCACACGCAGCGCCGCACGUCUGGAGGCGCGCGUCGCGCAGCUGGAAGAACGACUGCGAGAGCCGGUGGCCUUGUCGGACGACGAGGACGACGAGGACGAGGCGCCGUAUACCAGUCGCCGACGAUCGCAACGUGCAGCGACACUCGCUGUGAAGAAGGCGCAUGCGGAUCUUCGUGCGCGUGCCGCGCAGCUUCGUGCGCCGCAGGCUCCCGUCCUGCACGACGACGCACCGCCGAUGCCACUCGAAGAGAAGUGGGCGUGCCUUGUGACGCUCUGCGAUGCCUUGGCGAUUUCCACCGCGAAAAUGCCGCCCUUUGAGAAUCCGUUGCACAAGCUUGUGCAGCCGAUUGUCGACGCGGCGCACUCGACGCACGAGCGCAAGCAGCGGGUCCAAGAGGUCGAGCAGCAAUGCGCGGACGAGCUUCGUGCCUUGCAAAAAACGGCGCCUUCGAUGGUGUCGCCACAGUAUGCGGCGUGGAAGCAGCAGAAACAAGAGAUGAUCGCUACGCACGAGCGCCAAAAGCGCUGGGUACGUGCUGAGAUGUACCUGCAAGCGCGUCGUGAGGCGCUGCGCGAUGGUCCGUUGGGCUGUGAUGCACAGGGGCGUGAGUACUGGCACCUCUUGCCAGUGAGCGAUCCAUCGAAGGUGUGCGCGGAGGCCGCCCAAGGCGUAGCGACGCCGAGCAUGACGGGGCACUGGUCGCACAAACUGCUUGUCCAUAUGCGUGGCGCCGAUGUAUGGUACGCCACGACGUCCACCGACGACGUGGACGCGAUGCUGGCGUACUUGCGCUCUCGGACGUACCGUGCGCUCCUCGCGAAGGACGCGACAUCGCCUCGUCUGGAGCCGUUGCUUGCAUCGUUGGAAGGCGUUCGUGACUACUUGGCAUGGGCCUACCACUAG